UUUUGGUAAAGUUUGCAAUCUUGAUAUUAUCUCUUUCAUCAGCUUUCGCUUUCCCCAAGCUGCCGAUAGAGAACGAGCUAAUGGCGAGUUCGUCGUCGGAUGACUUCUCCGUGAUGGUUUUGGCGUCGGAUCUGGGUAUAGACGCCCGGCCCUUUUUGUCUCACUCGCCGCAGCCGCCGGAGGAAGACAACUGGCAUGACUGCCCUUCCUAUCUUCCCUCAGCCGACGAUCAAAACUUAGAUUUCUCCGACCUUGACGCCCUGCAGUUCUUGCGUCUCGAGCGUGGUUCUGAUAAGGCGGGCAACCGUAUCUUGCGUGUCGUCGGGAAGUAUUUCCCCGCUCCUGUGAUCACUGGAGAAAGGCUGAAAAAGUAUGUCUUCCAUAAGAUUUCCACGGAGGUCCCAGAUGGGCCAUUCUGUAUCGUGUACAUGCAUAGUACUGUGCAGAAGGAGGACAACUCGCCUGGCAUCACAAUCCUUAGAUGGAUAUAUGAAGAACUACCAAAUGACUAUAAAGAUAGGCUUCAAGUUGUGUACUUCAUUCAUCCUGGACUACGGUCAAGGCUCGUCUUUGCGACACUUGGGAGAUUUCUUUUAAGUGGAGGCUUAUACUGGAAAAUUAAAUACGUAAGCCGCCUUCAAUACCUCUGGCAAGACAUAAAGAAGGGAGAAGUCGAGAUUCCGGAAUUUGUUAAAGAACACGACGAUAUCCUAGAACACAGACCACUGACAGACUACGGCAUUGAACCAGAUCCUCUCCAUUUGAUGGAGGUUCCGUCAACAGCCUACUCGCUGGGGAGGUAUGAAGCGGAGUGGGCAUCGAGAGAGUGCAGAUCUUAGGCGGUGGACGUAUAAUGUACAAAACAUAAAUAUAGCGUUUGGCAACACGAAAGCCACAUAACUGUUGGGUAAAUGUGUGUGAUAACUGCACUGUAAUACUAUGAGGGCAUGUGUUCUCUAUGCUUUGGCCCGACUGUUUCUGUUUGGUGUUUUAAUGCAGAAGUUUACCUCUUUUAUGGUUGGCUGCUUACAAACAUGUCUUCUUUUUGCACUUGUUGUGGCAAAAUAGAUUGCAGUUGUGAAGGAACGGAGUAUGAAAAUUGUAGUUUGAAAUAGCUUUAUUGUAAUAGUCAUAACAUUUAGUUA